AUGAAUGAAACCAAUCGUCAAGGAAGCUGGGAAGUGUUAGAAAAAUUAUAUUCUGAAGGUAAACUUAGAUCAAUUGGAGUAUGCAACUAUACAACAAAACGUCUUACACAUCUAUUAGCUAAUUGUAAAGUUGUAACAGCAGUACAUCAAUUCAAGUUGCACCUAUUGUUGUAUCAAGAUGAACAAAAAGAAAUAAUUGAAUUGACUAAAAAACAUAAUAUCAGGGUAGAAGCUUUACUUGAGCUUAGGAGAGGGACAAUUGAAAUUGCUGAUAAACACGAGGUUACUGAGGCACAAGUCUUGUUGAGAUGGGGAUAUCAACAUGAUGCUAUUGUUAUACCUAAAUCUGUUACACCUGAAAGAAUUAAAACUAAUUCUGAGAUAUUUCUUUUUGAAUUAUCAAAGGAGUAA